GAAUCCAAUGUUCAAGCUGCUGUUAAACCGAGUAAUUUCUAUCCAUUAGAUUUUUUUAACGUCAGUUUUAGUGCAGGUGCUUCAAUAAUAAAUUCCCAGCCUUGGUUUUCACUGUGCUCACUGGACAAUGACAACGAAGUUACUUGCUAAGCAACUUGGUAUAAUUAGAAAACACUCGUCACCAUCUCCUGAGGUCAACAAAAAACCCAAAUCCAAUCAGUUUUUCUCAUAUUUAAUUAUUAUUGACUUUGAAUCCACUUGCUGGAAAGAUGGGAGGACUCGCUACAGUCCAGAAAUAAUUGAAUUUCCAGCAGUGCUGCUCAAUACUUCCAAUGGAGAGAUUGAGCUUGAAUUUCACACCUAUGUUCAGCCUCAAGAGCAUCCACUCCUGACUGGGUUCUGCAUGGAGCUAACUGGCAUUAAGCAGUGGCAGGUUGAAGGUGGAGUUCCUCUUGCAAUAUGCUUGUCGCAGUUUUCCCGCUGGAUUCGGAAGCUUCAGCAAGAGAAGAACAUUGUUUUCGCUAAUGAUAUGUCUCAGCUAUGUGGCCUUGAAUUAAGACCUUGUGCUUUUGUAACAUGGUCAGACUGGGAUCUAGGAGUGUGCUUGCACUAUGAAUGUAAAAGGAAAGAUAUUAGAAAACCGGCGGUUCUGAACAGCUGGAUUGACCUUCGAGGAACCUAUAAGGUGUUCUAUGGCCGAAAGCCAAAAGGUCUGAAUGGAGCUUUGCAGGACCUGGGCAUAAUGUUUUUAGGACGUGAACAUUCUGGCCUGGAUGAUGCCCGCAACACUGCUCACCUUGCCUGGCGGAUGAUCUGUGAUGGUUGUACCAUGAAAAUCACCAAGUCAUUGGAUAGGGUUGCACGCAUGAAGAAUCCUAUUGUAAGACGACCUACUGCAAACUCUCUUGAAGAUUGCAAAAUUGCCCAUGCAAGUCCCAAAGUUAGAGGCACCGGCAGCACGACUUGCUCAUUUUCAGAAAAUGCUUCUGAUGUAAAAAAGGCUGAAAUCGGACAUACAAGGACAAACUGUGAACGUAAUAGCUUAGUGAAGCAAACACAACCAGCUUUGACAUCGUGUCCCAAAUCUGCCAGCCAUCUUACGGAGAAUGUAGAUUCCAAAAGUUGCACUGAUGUAAAUAUCCACUACAAGAGUUUAAUAUCCCCCAGGACUCUAAUCAAUGGACUUUCUACUUCCACUGUUUGCAAAACACAGAAACCUGGACUACAUUUGAUCAACAAUGUUAACAAUCAGAUCACAAAGGGAAAUGUGGAAACUAAACCCAGUGAUAGUCCAAAUAACUUGUUGCUUGUGUCAACUACUGUUGAGUCUGUUAUAAGUUUUUCUGACCUAGAUGAUAGCUUGCCAGAGUCUGAGGCUCCCUGGCAAGAUUGGGAAGAGGUGGCUGUAUUACCUUUAUCAGGUAAUGAGCAUUCUAUAGAUUAUGAGGACCAAGAGCAAAAUUCUAAAUCAUCAAGUGUGCUUGAAGAGGAAAAUACAGAUUGUCCAGUUGCUGGAGGACCACUAAAGAACAGGAAAGAUGACAAAUUGACUGGUCAUUCAGAAGCUGGAAAGACUCAGAAGGUCAUUUAUAGGAGCCCACAAACAAUCAUCUAUGAUGUGGCUGAAGUUAUGAAGCAAGCUGAAAGUCAGUCCAUCUUCAAAGUACCUAACAUGAAAGUUUCCAAUGUUCGGUCCAGCUCUUUCAGAGAAAGCAUUGAAUCUACACAUUUUGUGCGGUCCCCUAAAUCAAAUAACUCUUUACGUAUUGGUGUUAAAAGAAAAGACACACAUUCAAGUCCCUUCAAGCUUCAAGCUUCUAAAAGACAAUCAUUUAUUGUAUAUUCAGACAAAGAAUUGUCAUCUAAUGGCUCUCUACCUUCAAAUAAUAAGUCAAUUUCAGAAGUUAUUCCUCCAACAAACCAUUCCCACAAGGUACUUCAGAAAAUGAGUAGUGACAAGAUUACUCCUCCGCUAUGUGGCUGCGGUCGGAGAGCUAGGAGGCUUACUGUGUCGAAAGUGGGCCCAAAUCAAGGGAAAGCCUUCUAUUCUUGCACAGUAUGGAAAAGGAAUGCAGAGAAUAGCAAGGGUUGUGGGUACUUCAAAUGGGAGUGGGUAUUGAAGAAGGAGAGAAGUUCAUCAGCCUCGUCUAUUAAUACUUGUGAUACCGUUUCAUCUGGAGCCUUUCCUUCUCAACGCAAACAUCAGGGCCUCCGAUUUUCUUUUUGAAACUCACAAUAUAGCUGUCUUGUCUAGAGCGUUUUAUGGUUUCUUUGAUUUAUCAUGUCCCAAAUUAGUCUGGCCUAUUGGAAGGUUGAAAUAGUGUGGUAACUGUUGUAAUCAGGUUUCUGAGUGCACUCAACUAAAAUAUCUCUGAAUACUUGCAUCAAAUGUAAAUGGAUUUAACUCCUCAUAACUUGUGUAAACUUUUCAUCGAGCUUCUUUUGUAUGUGUUCUGAAAGUGUCCAUUAUAAUGUCUGUGUACAUCUAUAAGCCUCAAGUAUGAAAAGCUAACUGAUUGAAGAAAUAUGGGGGGGCUCACCAUUGGAUCCAACAUUAUCCUGCUAACAUAUCCUUCAUGCAUUGUUGCUUUUGUGCCCCACUCCUGCGUGUUUUUUUUUCUCCCUUUUCAUUUCAUUCUCUUUAGUAGCAUUCCAAUAUCCUGG